GUUACAAUGCCACCAUCAGUGCAUGUGGCAAAGGCCUUGAGUGGCAGCUGGCUUUGAUGCUGUUUCAAGAUAUGGGAGCAGCUGCACUACCGUCCGAUUUCUUCGCAUACUCCGCGGUCCUUUCGGCGGUUACUUCGGCCGCGACUGGAAGUGAAGUUCACCAGUUGCAAGACAGGCUUCGAGGUCACCUCAGAAAGCGCAUCAAGAACUGCCGAAAAUGA